CCCACACAAACAGACAGCCUCGUAUCGGCAGCACCAAGCUAAGCUUAGACCCCAGACCACCAAGUAAACAUGCCAGGCGAGGAGAACAAGGAGUUCGAUGACGAACUGGUCGACUACGAAGAGGAAGAGGAGACGUCGACGGACGCCUCCAAGGCCGCCGCCGAGGGCAAGGACGCCAAGAAGUAAGCAAAAAGAUCUCGAUAUUUCGAAAGGGAGAAUGAGAGCCCGAGAGAUGGGGGAGCUGAGCCGAGGAGAGAGCGACGUCGAGGGAGAAGACGAUGCUUUCUCGCUCGCCUGCCUGCGUGCGGAGGACCUCUUAGAGGCCGACUUAUCCGUCUUAUAGACGCGAGCGACGCUCAACCGGCCACUCGGCCGCUCAUCCGCCCACUCGGAGCCUCUCAGAGAGGAAGAAAAGAGCCCAGUUUGUUAACAACUUCUUCUGUAUCUGUUCCGGGGGAAUCGUGAUCGCCGCGGAUUCUUGUCUACAGGGGUCACUACGUCGGCAUCCACAGUUCUGGUUUCCGCGACUUUAUCCUGAAGCCCGAGUGCCUGCGCGCCGUUGUGGACUGCGGUUUCGAGCACCCUUCGGAAGUCCAGCACGAGUGCAUUCCUCAGGCCGUGCUCGGCAUGGACAUCAUUUGCCAGGCUAAGUCUGGUAUGGGCAAGACUGCUGUCUUCGUGCUUGCUACACUGCACCAGAUCGAGCCUGUCGACGGCCAGAUCAGCGUCGUGGUCAUGUGCCACACCCGUGAGCUGGCGUUCCAGAUCGCCCACGAGUACGAGCGUUUCAGCAAGUACCUGGUGGACGUCAAGACCGGCGUGUUCUACGGCGGUGUUCCCAUUUCGCAGAAUCGUGAGGCGCUGAAGAACAAUCCGCCCCACAUUCUUGUGGGUACUCCGGGUCGUAUCCUGGGUCUGCUGCGUGAAAAGACCCUGAAGUUGGACAAGGUGAAGCAUUUCGUCAUGGAUGAGUGUGACAAGAUGCUUGAGGCCAUCGACAUGCGUCGCGACAUUCAGGAGAUCUUCAAGGCAACCCCGCACGACAAGCAAGUGAUGAUGUUCUCGGCUACUCUGAGCAAGGAGAUCCGCCCAGUGUGCCGCAAGUUCUGUCAGGACCCGAUGGAGAUCUACGUCGACGAUGAGACGAAGCUGACGCUCCACGGUCUACAGCAGUACUACAUCAAGCUGGAAGAGUCGGAGAAGAACCGUAAGCUGAACGACCUGCUGGAUGCGCUUGAGUUCAACCAGGUGGUGAUUUUCGUGUCUAAGAAGAACCGUGGACGCGAGCUCAACCGCCUGCUGAACGAGUGCAACUUCCCGUCGAUCUGCAUCACGGCCGACCUCUCUCAGGAGGAGCGUAUCAAGCGGUACAAAAGCUUUAAGGACUUCCAGAAGCGUAUUCUGGUGACUACGGAUUUGUUCGGCCGUGGCAUGGAUAUCGAGCGUGUCAACAUUGUCGUGAACUACGACUUCCCGAACGAUAGCGACCAGUACCUCCACCGUGUGGGCCGUGCCGGUCGUUUCGGUACUAAGGGUCUGUCGAUUAGUUUCAUCUCCUCGGAGGAGGACACGGAAAUGCUGGCCAAGGUGCAGUCGCGCUUCGAGGUAAACAUCCCGGAGCUUCCCGACCAGAUCGAUAUCUCCACGUACAUGAGCACUUAGGCGAACAGUUCGAUUCAUGAUGAGGACAAGGAAGAGGGAGCGAAAGACAAGAGUUCUGUUCAAACCAACCAACCUCUUGUUUUCAACAUGUGCGAGCUCCAUUUUGGAAGCGAGCUCUGCUGCUGCUGCGUGGCUGAAUGAAUAUACCCAAAGCGAGACUGUGGACGGCGCUUUAAGACUCGGCUCGCGCUGUUUCUGCUGGCGUCGUCCCAAGCCGCCGGUUCCAAGUGUUACUCUUUUCUCCGUCGCUUCGUCGACCCAUCGAUAUUCUUCAUGCCACUGAGGUGACUUUUGUACUUUUCGCGGAUGCCGUCAUUGCGCGCCCAUAGCGAGUCGCGGCUGGACGUGUCUUGGUCUGCCAGAUGCGUGUACUUGGUGCUAAAAGCCGAAUUGUAAACAUUACAAAUAGCUCGGACGUUAGAAUGCUAGAGACCGAAGGGAAUGCAUCGCAACAACAAGAUUCGUACCGGCCAGCGCGUCCAAAAUUCUUGACCUGCAUCACCGCUGGGAGCAUCUCCUUGUUGAACUUAUCUUCAAGCGUAGCCUCGGUGGCAUCCCGUUUGCGCACGUCAUCCUUCGAGCGAAUACUAUCGUCGUCCACGUAGAAGGCACCCUUGUGGUAAUACUUCUGCAUGAACUUGAGUUUAUUCUUCUCUUUGGGCUCAUUCUUCUUCAGUUUGCUGCAGUCCAAGAAAAAAGUUAGUCACCCUGGCAGAUAUUUAAUUGUAACUUAGACCAAACGUACGCAUCCUCAGCCGCACGCUCCUCCUC